UUGCGGGGUUCUGGGCGCCCAUUUGGGAGGGUCGAGAGUGGGGGUUUUUGUUUUGUCGCGGGAGAACGAGAAACUGGAGGCUCCUACCCGCCCCUCACCACCCCUACCCCAGCCCCUCACCAUGAUCACCUCCCUAGAUUAUACCGUAGGCAGCAGAUAGAGGCCAGCUGAGGGGAUAUUAGCCGGGGUGCGCGGAUGUAGCUGCAGUUACGCAGCAACUAGAGAGAGACAUGGCGACUUGUCGGCGAGCGUGGCGCCAACCCGCUAAAUCCCCCCACAUGUUGCCUUUAUCUGACUCCCAACACCUCUCCUGAAGCACUCUCUCCUCGCACGCCCCACUUGGCUCUACACAGCCUCGCUGCUGACACACCAGCACCCUGGCUCUGCUCGCGGGAAUAACGCUAUCAGUACAAGCUCAUAACAAUAUUAUUACAAUCAUCCCUCCAGAUUUCACAAUUGGCAAUGAGGUGUGUAGGCAUAAAGGCGCCAUGGACUUCACAAUGAACAUGAUCGACAAUGGUCGGGGGAUACCUGCGACUCAGGCUGCUGCAGUGGCUGCCAUGGGAGGUCAGGUGGCCUACCAGGCACAUGCUGUUAGUGUCACUCCCACAGUCAGCCAGCAGCAGCAGCAGCAACAGCAGCAGCAACCGCCUCCACCACCUCCACAACAGCAGCAACGUGGCAAUCUGCAUGAGAGCGAUGGUGGGGCAGGGUUGGUGGGGGAGGGUAAGGUUCAGGAGUUAACGAAGGAUGAUUCUCAAGGAGCCUUCACUCCUCCCCCCCGAGUGUCUUCUGUUGCAUCUCACGAAAGUCACGUGGAAAAGGGUACUGACACCACAGACUUUGAACCACUUAUUAAGGUUGAGAUUAGAGGGGGUAUUCCGGGGCUCAAUACAGGUGGUGAGAAGGACAAGAACAGUAUUGUUCAGUUACACUUCAACAGUGUCAAUGAGGUGUUACAUUAUUUUUCCCAGCGGUCAGUGCCACAGCACAUUGAUGCCUUCAAUCUUCUUACCAACCCAGACCUGGUGCGCAAUAUCAACCCCGACUUGGUGCGCAACCACUUCCUGUACGUGCCCAACCCUCAGGAGGGAAUGCGGAUAGCAUCUAACGGUUACAGUUCAGGAGGAUCCAACUCGGCUCAAACACCUCCAGCUCAGGGUGGAGCAGCAACGUCGCCUGUGGUGGUUAAACAGGGUUCUGCCAGCAGUGGUGGUUACAGUAAGCAAGGUGAUAGGCGACGAGAAUCCAGUCAAGGUUCCCUGACACCUGGCACAAUCAUCCCCAGACCUGGGGUGGAUCAGUCAGGGGCUUCAUUUGUGUGUUGGAUCUGUGGUUUAGAUUUGCAGAAAUCUCUUCAGUUUGAAGAACACAUGGUGGACCAACACAGUGUGGAUAAACCCUACAGGUGUGAUGACUGUGGGGUUACAUUCAAGCGUAAAGCACACCUGGAUCGCCAUCGCCGUAUCCAUCUGCCCACUCGUCCCUAUCAAUGUGCUGUGUGUGGUAAAGGCUUCACACGGAAUGAGCAUGUUCGCCGUCACUCGUUCACUCAUUCUGGAGAGAAGCCCUACCAUUGUCCAACCUGCACCAAGACAUUCUCACGGCGGGAGCACCUCACCAAACAUCUGCCGAGCCACACCAAACUACCAGGCCCUCACAGUCCACCUCCAAGCGGCCAUCCUCACACCCCAGGUGAGUAUGAGUACUUAUGCUCACCUGCGGACUCACCCAACCCCCCUCAGCCACAGCUGGGGCCAACAAGUGUCUCGACAGCAACCCUCACCUCUCUUACUGGGGCAGGCCAGAUUCCGUCCAGUCUUCUGCAUGCAGCUGUACCGCAGUUGCUGCCACCUUCCACCACCCACAGUAGCAUCAAGCACCAGCAGCCUCACCACCGACUGGCUGCACACCAUAGUCAAGGUUUGGCCACGACGUUAUUGCUGCAAACUACAGAUCAGAAUGGACGACUAGUUACAAUUAACCAAAGUACUGGAACUGCAGUACCCACCUCGGUGGUGACAACAACAUCUAGUACUCAUCAUGGUCAAGGUAGCAGUAGCCACACGGGCACCAGUACGGGUUCCACCCGAGGUCUAAAUCAUAACGGUGAACCUGUUCCACGCCCAUACCAGUGCGGAGUGUGUGGUAAGUCUUUCAUCCGUAAUGAGCAUCUUCGGCGUCACGUGCUGACUCACUCCGGUGAGAAACCUCAUGCCUGUGGAACAUGUGGCAAGGCAUUUUCACGCCGUGAACAUCUUACUAAACAUAUGCGGUCCCACAUAAAGGUAAAUGUACCAGACUUGGCUCAGUCUGCCUCACAGCCCACCCAUAGUUCUAUCCAAAUUGGUGGCCUAACAGGUGCUGUGGCGGCACCCCAAGCCACCCAGACUGUGGCACAAACUGCCACUGUAUCAUUACCAACUCCCAGUGUAGUGGCAACUAGCAAUGCACAUCAACAACCCCCACCCCAUGGGAUAACGCAUACUGUUGCAAGCACCCAUGGUACUCCUGUUGCCCAUGCUGCUCACCUACCCCCUGGAACUCAUUACUUACCAAUGUUUGGGUUGUUGGCAGAGGUAGUGUAGGUGCCUCACUGGCACUGUCUUAUAAAUGGCAGCCUCUACUAAUUUACAGAUGUUGGCAGCACAGACCCCCCCCCCCUCACUCCACGUGAUGAUUACCAUGCAAUCCAGAUGAUCCUUAUCAAUGUCCGACUACCUAUACCUGAUACGGUGCUUGGCCUAGUGACCUAUCUGAGCCAGAUCCUGGUGGGGCUGGGGCAAGUGUGGUGCUGAAUGAUGCAAGCUGUAGAUAAUGUGCCAUGAUCUCCCCGUAGCUGUGAGCACUAGAUUUUUCUCUGUUGUUGCUAGUAAGUUGGUGAGUAAGGGCUAUGCCCUUCACACCAACUAGGUACAUGUCAGUCACCCUUGUGUGAACCCUUGUCUGACCCUUGAUCACAUUCCAAUCCCUUUCUAGUUGUCUCUUUGGCUACACUAAUAAAUUAAGGGGAAAUUAUUGUUGUGAACUUCAGAAAAGAUAAUUUUUUAAUAUAUAAAUUUUGCAUUACAAAUUUUAUGCUGUGUAUGUACUUAGAGGAUUUGUAAAAUAAUUGGAACAUUUGUUUGGCGACUUAAUUUGAAGCAAUUAAUGCACCCUGCCAAAGUUUUUAAUAGUUGGACUUUACUAGGGACAUCCGUUACCCCUGAAACGUGUCAAGGCAGCUCUCAACAUGGCGACCACAGACAAGGCACCAAGUGUUUUGUUCUUCUCUGUUUCCAUGGAUGAUUUUUUUUUUUAACAUGGAUUUCAUAUUUUGAAACAAACUUUGUCUGUGUGCAUAGACCAUGUUGAUGUAUUGUAGUGUAACUUGUAAAGAAGUACCUUUUAAUUGUAAAGUGAUAUCCCUGUAAUUAUUUUUAGGAGCUUUCUUCAUAAGCUUAUUGUAGAUGUCUUGAAGGUAGUGUUUUAUACUAGAUGCUUUGUGUCAGUUUUUUGAGCCACACAAAGCAGAUUUAAGAGAUUAUUUUGAUGUCCAAAGUUAUCAGUCCUAACCCUAUAUUAGUCCAGAGGAAACCCAAUAGUGUCAGUUUCAUGACAUGAAUUGGGUUCCAACAUUUUUUGAGUUUUCAUAGAAUUAGAUCCGUGGCAGAUUUGACAGAGACAGUGCGUGUGUCAUCCUGCCAGAAGUCUUGAAAUGUUACUGUGUCUAAAGGUGCUCAAAUAGAUGAUAACUUUGGAUUUGCUUAUUUUAAAUUAUAGUUAACAUAAAAUGAGAUCUGAAUUUUAAUCCCUCAGCGAGAGGUCAAGUUUAUGGCAAUCACAAAGACGUUUUAACGGUCUGGCAUUACAAGGUGUUUUAUCUGUAGAUGUUUUGAUUAUUUAUUUAUUUUUUUCAUAUAUAUCAUACUGGCAUUAUGCCAUUAAAUGUAGAUUUUGAUUUUUUUUAUACAUAUUAUAUAUAUAUAUAUAUAUUAUAUAAUAUAUGUAUAAUAUAUAUAAUAUAUAUAUAAUAUAUAUAUAUAAUAUGUUUGGACUUGCCAGCAGUGAUCCAUGAAUUACCCAGUCUGUAGAUUUGCUAUUGCCAGCAUUCCGUGUUCAGUUCCAUGAAAACUGCAUUUCAAUGUACUUGGUGGAAGGGGCAUUCAUGAAUGAUUGCAAAACUUUAGGGUUUAGCUAAAAAAAAUAAUCUUUUUGACAGCACAGGCAGAUCAAGUAGAAAUUAUGAUAAGAGCCCAAAACACAUGGUAUCUUACGAUCAGUAGGUAUACCUGGUAAGAUUUGUUCAAGACUUGGUACCUGGACCAUUGGCAGAGCACAGUAUUUGGUAUAUAUAGUUACCAAGUGCAUAUUAUGCUGGUAUCAAUGAUAAAUUUUGCUAUUUUUUUUCUUGACACUUCCAGUGCCAAGUGGAUACCCCCCACAUAAAAGGCCAGGCACUUCAUAUUAAUAUGUUGUCCAGUUCACAAAACUCAUGGCGGAAAUAUACAAAUUCUUCCAACAUAUGCAUACAAAUCCAAGAACUGCCUCCUUUUUUUCCUUUUAUGGUAAGCAAUGUACAAGUUAAAAGGUGAUACUUGUAUGAUUUAUGAAAUGUUUACUUUAUAAUGCUUUCAUAUACUUGGGUAAUAUUGCUCUAAGCUAAAUAUUAUCAUGCCUCAUGGCAUAACAAUAUUGAGUGUGGUCCACUUGCACAAGUCUUAUAGAAACGGGGAAGGAAAUUUGGUUAAACCUUGACAUUUAAGACAAGAGAAUCUGAAAAAUCAAAUAUUGUGUUAGGUGCUGUGGUGGCUGUGUGCUGCCUAUAAUUGCUGAUGUCCACAGUAUUUAAUGUAGUUGGUGUGUUCAGCAUCUGUUACCUUUACAUUGAUCUAAAGAGCUGUGUGUUUGUAGUUGUUCAAGAAACACCUGAGGGGAGUCUGCAGCUUAAACCCCCAAAAUGGCAAACUUUAGUCAAUAGUCUUUAUGUCCUGAACCGCUUUAACCAUAUUCACUAUUAUAAAACGUGUUAUUGCCUACUUCAUCAGUAUAUUUAAAUUUGCUUUCAAAAAAAUCAUGUGCAGAUUUUGAGCAUAAUUAUAUUGAGUGAAGUUUACCAUGUUUGCCAUUGAACCCGUGUUUGUUCUUGUUUGUGAUCAGUCGCCACAAAUUCCAGUGCAUGUUAGUUGCCAGAUAUAUAUUUUUUUUCUUUUUGCUACCCAGUGUCACCCAUCCUCCUCCUCUGCAGGGUUUCUUGAAUGCAUAAUUUUUACUUAAAAUUUGUAAAAGUACAAAUUUUUGACCAAGUCAUUAGAUAUGUCAUUUGCCUGGUCUGGACUGUUCUCUGAUGUUUACUGGAAAUACUCAGUCUGUUAGAAAUGAAUAACAUUGGAUAUGUGGGUCCAUCUUGUUUUCUUUGUUUUCCAUGAAUGUUUAUUAUUCUUCAUGGGAUUAAUUGCUUAUUCAGUAUCAAGUCUUAUUUGUGUGUUUUAAAGAGUUGACAACUUGCAUUUUAAAUAUUUAAUUUUUUUUAUUAUUUAUUUAUCAAAGAUCAAAAUUUAAAAAGGGUAUAUUGUAAGAGCUCUUUUUGAGUUAUUGUGAUAAGAUCUUGCUGAAAGUUAACAGUCCAUAAGUAAAUCCCUCCAGAAGUGUGACAAGGUCAGGGAUUUGGGGCCCCCCUUGGCAUUGCUGUAGUUUUAGUUUGACUUUGCCAUUUUAUCAUGAUUUUGGAAUGUAGGUGGGGGGAUGUAAUUUCUAUAGAUGUGUUAAAUGUAUUCAUACAUUUGUUAGCAAUGUGAAAGGUAUCUACUUUUCCAUUAAUGCAAAAUGUGCGAGUGUUUUGGAUAUAUAUAAAUAUAUAUAUAUAAUAUAUACUGUACUGUAUAUGUAUUUUCAAAAAUAAAAAUGUACAGUGCUACAGAUUAUGUACUUGUUGGAUAAUUACAAAUGUGUUUGAGGCUCUUGAUCCCUGAUUCUGUUACACGUUGACUUAGGCCUUGAGGUAUUGACCAACGGUGUUAAGUUUGGGUAGGAAAUAAAGCAAAGACAACAUAAAAGCAAAUAUAAUUGUAUUGCAUUAAAAACUUCAAAUAAAACAGAGGAAGUCG